GCAAACCCCCUUUGCUGCAAACAUGGCCGACGGUGUUUUUGUCUUUCUGGAGAAUUUGUUGCUGUCUUGUACAGUUGUUAUUAUUGCAUGGUACAUUUUAAAUGCUCUAACAAAAAAGAUAUCACGUAAACGGUAAGAAAUGAUAAAAUUUGACCGAAUAAUUGCAUAAACGUCUCGGAGCUGAAAGUUAAUGUUCUGGUUACAAACGGUUUAAGCUUCAUUUUUUUCCUUUGUUUUUGUAUAUGGUAAUGAAUGAUAAUAAGUAGAAAACUGAGAAAGAAAAAAUCAAGUAGAACGUAGUCUACGUGGCUGCGAUGGAGUGCUUAGCACUCUCAAACAAACGUGGCUUGAUUACCCACGUAUAAAUGAUAUAUGACACUGUGUGCCUGUUGCAUUGUGUUGCCUGUUGGGGCUUAAUAACCAUUGAAUAAGCAUGUCUUUUUCUUACGUGAAAGGCUAACUGCCCCUACACUAAACGCAAUCUCUUGUGUAACCGUGAUGUACGCUUUUCUCUCAUUAUAACCUUUCCAGACAUGCUUGCCUAAGUGAUUAUUUUUUAGGUUAACUAUUAACAACUAUCAAGUUAUUUUUCCUCAGGCCCAUGGCCCCUGGUCCACCAGGUCACUGGCUUUCUGGUAACACAGCCAUAUUUCAGUCCAAUGUAGAAGAGCGGCAUGUGCGACUCCUUGAACUGCACAAAAAGUACGGCAAGAUAGUGAGGAUUCAAAUGGGGAGACCCCCAUUGUAUGGAAGAGAUAUCUUCUCUAUUGCUGAUCCAGCAUUAUGUGAAGAGGUUCUGAAAUCCAAGAGCUACGCAAUUUCAAAACUAACGCAAGCUCGUUUUCAAACACUUCUUGGGAAAUAUGGUCUUAAUGGCUUGGAAGGUGAAAUAUGGAAGAAACACCGACGACUUAUUUUGCCAUUGUUUCAUUCUGGUUUUCUUAGCUAUGCUUUGGAAGUCAUUAGUGAAAAAACUAAAAUUGUUAUAGAUAGGUGGAAGAAGGUCUCUGUUGAUUCAUCUGUGGAAGCUUUUGCAUGUAUAAAAAACCUUGGACUUGAUAUCAUCAGCAAAGCAGCAUUUGGUUUUGACCUGAAAGUACAAGAACAACCUGAUGACAAACUUGUCAAGGUUAGCUCUUUUUUACUUAAUUUUAUAACUCUUAGCAACAUCUAUAGCAUAAAGAAGGAUGGUGGAGCACAGGACUAAAUACAAGUAUGGCUGUGGAUACUUGGAAACAAAUCCACAGAGUAUUUGGAGUGGUGGGGGUGGGUGGAGCUUGAAAUGCACUGCUAGUGGUGCUAGUGGUGCUAGUGGGUGGGGGGGGGGGGGGGGAUUUUUAUAGUUACGCAAUAAUAGGUAAAGAUAAGAAUACAGAGUGGUGGGGUGAAGGAGGCAAGAUAUUGUGUGGUGAUGGAGAAUGUAGAGGAUGAUGCAGUGGUGUUGUGUGGUGGGGGGGUGGGUGGGGUGGAGUUUGGGGGGGGGGGGGGGGGGGGGUUGAGGGGGGGGGGGGGGGGGGGGGGGGGGGUUACAGCGUGUAAAGAAAGUCGUGUCCGAUAGCCCAGGGCUAGUGGAUUUUGCUAUCGGGCUAGUGAUUCUUGUUCUUAACUUGCCUGACGAGUUGCUUUUGUGCUGUUUUUUGAGGAAAUUCAAAUUACAGAAGAAUUACUAAUCAAAAAGGGUUUUGGGGUUAGUUGAAAUGACUUGUGGGCUAGUACAAGCUAGCUACAGCUUGCCCGAAUGGCAGGCUGUAAAACUGACUUUCUUUGCACACUGGGUUAUUUGAAAAAUACAUGUGCUGACUAAUUUAAACCCUAAGGUCUCUCUUUUCUGUUUAUUGACAAUUAAUAUAUAAGGUAAGUUGUUAGAAAAAUAUUCAGGGGAAUGUCCUGCAAAAAUCCAAUAUGUAAAUAUUAUCCUCUGAGACUGAAAAUGUUUCAGUGUAACUGGGUUGUAUAUAAUUUUGUUUUCUAUCAUUGUAGGCUGUGAAUUCAUUCCUGAGGCAUGCUGGGGAUAUAGCAUUUUUAGUGUUUCCAAAACUUUGGUCCUGGAGGCAUCCUUUUAAAGCAUUUCAUGUCCAUCAGCACCAAAGAGUCCUUGAUAACCUUGUCAAGCAGAUCAUCAAACAGCGUCAGUGUGAGGAGGAUGGUGAUAAUAAAAAGGACUUGUUGACUUUGUUGUUGAGAGCACGAGACCCCGAGUCAAAGUAUAGGCUGACAGAUGAGGAAGUGCAUGAUGAGAUCCUGGCAUUUUUGUUUGCUGGGUUUGAAACUACUACAUCACAGUUAUGUUGGGUUUUAUACCAUCUAGGUGAGUACUAGUAACCUCUCAAAAGACCAUUUUACACUUGUGGGUUUAGUACACUAGCUUUCUAAUGAAUGUGAGGCUGAGGUUGACCAUGUUUUGAUAGAAACCUCCUUGGUUUGCUUACAGAAAUUAUGCUUUAAAAUACUUGUUAACUAAAGAACAAUAUGAUUUACAUAAGAAAGCACGAGUGGUUGUAUCAAAGUAAGGUCCACUUCAUCCUCGUUUUCAUCUGUAACUGUAAAAUGAGCUAUUAUGCUUCACGUCAAACAACAACAACAACACCAACAACAUUUAUUUAAACACGAUAAAAUUACAGAGGAGUUGAUGUGGUCGUGUAUCUAAAAGUUAAACACCGUAUACAAAUGAAUAAAAAAGCUUAAAAACUAAUAAUUAAAAUUUAGAAAAAGAUCUAACCUAUUUGAGAAAAAUAUAUCUAUAAAAAGGUUAGAUCUUUUUCUAAAUUUUAAUUAGUUUUUAAGCUUUUUAUUCAUUUGGAAACUGUGUUUAAAUAUGGAAAAUUCAUUUCUAUCACAGAGCAGUUAAUGCUUGGGCUCUUUGUAGUUUUGUUUUCUAUCUCAGGUAAUUUUUUGGGGGGAGGUAUGUUAAUGUGGCUAAUGUCAAAUGAAGUUGAAACAAAUAAAAAUAUAUAUUACCUGAGAUAAAAAAUUAACUACAACAUAAUCUAUUAGUCCACAACCUCCCCCCCGCCCCCCGCUAAGUUUCCUCACCUGACGCUUUUCUGACAUUUGGCUAAUACUAUUUUUUGUCUUAUUCAUACCAACCUAAACUGAAAGAACACAAACUGCCAUUUAUACGUAGAUGCAAAUAGGAUCACUCACCUCAUGUCAAUCACUAAUAAUCACUAUGUCUCCUUAAUUUUGACUUGAAAAAGCCCAUAGAUGGUAUGUAUGCAAUACCGGCUUUAAUUCUUUAAUGCUUUAAUUCUGCAUUCUCCAACCUAAUCUUAGCUCUUAUAAAACCACACUCCCAGUUAAAUUUAAGCCUAUCCUAACUUAAAUGGCCAUGUAACUUUUUUAUUUCAUUGCUUGUUACGUUAAAACUGGCAUCUCUACUGUAUUGUAAAGUCCUGCCCUUUUUUAUGUGCUUCCUUUCCAGCCAAGCACCCUGAAGUUCAGGCUAUUGCUCAAGAAGAAGUAGACAAAGUCCUUGGGGAUUCUGAUUUGAUUACCUCAGAGAUGGAGAAAGAUCUCAAAUAUGUGACAAACUGCAUAAAGGAAUCGCAGAGGCUCAUUCCUGUUAUAACGGGUUUUAGUAGAGGAGCUGUUGGAGAUACUGAGUUGGGAGGUAAGCUUCUGUGUUUUCAGAAAAAGGUUAUGCUUAUUUUUACCUCAUCUGGGUAUAUUUUUGUAUGGAAAUUAUUUUUAGGCCGCUACUUGAGCCUGUAAAAUGAUCAUGUGCUUAGCAACUAUGUAAGGUCUGAUAAUUUUACCUCCAAAGUAGAAAAAGGAAGCAAAAGAAUUUUUCUCAGGCACUUGUGAUUCUAGGUUUAUUUUAACCUUUGGAAAUGAAUCAAAUAGGAUUAUGAAAGCUGUCAACUGAAAUUUUACACUGCAUGUCAUCUUUUCACAACUUCUAAGACUGGGAUAUGAUUGUGGAAUAUUUGAGAGAUUAAUAUAUAGAGGAUAUUACAUAGCCGCGCAGAGAUACGGAAUUUCUUUUGAGUAUUGAAAAAUAAGUGAGUGAGCGCAGUGAACGAGUGAAAUAUUUUUUUCCACACGAGAAUAGAAAUUUGGUAUCUCUAAGCGACCAUGUAAUGUUCUAUUAAUUAUAUAAACACCAAUGGAAUACAAAACCAUUUUACUUAAAUAGUUUUUUGGUCUGAAAGGUGCGGUUUAUUGUGAAGCCAUAGCAACGGUGAUAUUUUCACAUGUGAAGAUAACAUGUUAUUUUCCCAUGUGAAGAUAUCAAGUUUUCGCGCAAAAGCUCACUUGGUAUUUCAUUGGUGUUUAUAUAAUAAAAUGGUUUAUUUUUUCUGUUGGUUAUUUUUGAAAAGGAUAUCACAUCCCCAAAGGUUCUGUUUUGUUUCUGGAUACCUAUGUCCUGCACCAUUUGGAUAAUUUGUGGGAUAAACCGGAAGUGUUUGAUCCAACCCGCUGGGAGGACAAGAUGGCUGUACACACCUUCUCAUUUCUUCCUUUUGGGGGUGGAAGCAGACGAUGUGCUGGGCAGCCAUUUGCUGUGGUAGAAAUGAAAGCUGUGACUGCGUUGAUUCUCAGGAACUUUUCACUUAAAUUGGAUGAAAGCAAGCCCAUUCACACUGAAGUGAAAAUUGCAUUUGGUCCAAGGCAAAUUCACUUCUUUAUCAGCAAAAGGUGA